CGCCGACUUCGAGAUUGUUGAAAAAGCCGAGAUGAACAAGAUCGCGGCCACUCCAACGCAAUCCGUCCCAGCUGCAGAGGCCAACCCUCAAUCUGUGGCCGUUUCCGACUACAAGUCUCGUGCUGCAUACACUUCCACACCUUCUGUGGUCAUGCAGCAAAACAACAAGAUUGUCGGCAAAGUCGCCAGCGUCAACUCCGCCUUUGUCAGCGCUUGCUCCGCCCAAGCACCAGUCAUCAGCCAAUACAGCCUUGGUCUGUGGCCCGAAGUCUUUGUUCCGAAUUCGUGCUCCGUAGUCACCACUUUCGGUCCAGCUGCCGCUUCCGCCGCUGCCAAGGUCUUUGACUCUGCUGCUGCAAGCUACACGUCUGGAUCCAAGUCUGCCUGGUCUGCUGCUUUCGCUGCCGCCAAGAUCCCGCUUCCGAGCAGAAGUCCUUGGUCGCAAGCACCAAGUACUGGAGCUGCUCAGCCUACAGCCACACAUGAUAGCUCGUCUCCUUCGACGACUGCGACUGCUCCAGCUUCUUACCCAGCCUCUUCAUCCCCGGCUGUAUAUGUCAGCACCAUCACCACAGUCAUCACCAUGACAGAACAACCUUCCGCCUCCUCAGCACCAGAUUCGCCAUCCUCAUCAGCACCCGCGGCAUCAAACUCACCAUCACCACAACCCUCGGACCCCCCAACCACAUACGGCGCCCCACCCGGCUCCGCACCCGCAAUCCCCACCAUCUCCACCAUCGGCACCGCCGCACCCUCCGCCUACGUCCCCUCUGUCAGUCUCAACGGCACAAUUUCCCGAAGAAAUCAUGCUCGGAAUUUCGUACGCUCUUAGUGGGGGCUGUGAGUUUUCCGAGGUUUGAUUUUGUAUACGGCAGAAAUUUUGACGACAGGACGAGCAAGGCAAUAAAUACAUGGGAUGGAGUUUUGGGGGUGUUUUUUUUUUGUGUGGCAUUUAUUUAUCUUGGGGGGGAAAAAAAACUUGGGAUUGUUGCAAUAUAGCGUCGGUCUUCAAGGACCUUCUAAUGGAAUUGGGAGUUUUUUGUUUUUGGAUGAUGGAUGAUAGAUCGAUACCCUUUUGCAUUGGAUGGGUGCGUGGGGUAAUGAUAUAAUCUUCUUUAUUUUCAACUUCCUAUUUUCUUUAUAGACGUACUAAAACGCUUCCGAU